CAGCCGGUUUUUGUUAUUAUCUUUUUUAAAAAUUAAAAUUUGCUAAUUUGUUUUAAACAAAUAGCAAUUCUGACUCGUUGAAUAUUGUCCUUGAAUUAUAAUUUGUUGUCAACAAGUUGCCAACUUCAAUAGCCAUGGCCAACCCAUAACAAUUUUAACAAAUUAUUCAUGUACUUUUAGUAGGUGAUUGUUUAUCAUCAAAAGGAGAUAAUAGGAGAAUAAACAGGAGCUGAUAACACAUUAUUAAACCAAUUGUGUAAGAUUCAUAAAGCAUUAUCUCAAUUACAUAAAGUUCUUUGCCUUAUGGAAAACAGUGAAGAGAACAAGAUGCAAUUUGCUGGCAAAGUUGUUUUGAUUACUGGCGCUAGUUCUGGGAUUGGGGCUGCUACUGCAAAACAUUUUGCUAAAUUGGGGGCUAGCCUUGCAUUAGCAGGAAGAAAUAAAGAAAAUCUUCAGAAAGUAGCAGCAGAAUGUCCGAAAGUGGGUGUGAACAAAGACCAUCUGUUAUUAACGGGUGAAUUAACUAAUGAGGGACAAACAAAAGCAAUUUUUGAUGAAACUAUUAACUACUAUGGAAAAUUGGACGUUUUAGUAAAUAAUGCUGGGAUAUUAGAAACAGGCACAAUAGAAAAUACAAGUCUAGAACAGUAUGACCGUGUAAUGAAUACCAAUGUUAGGUCGCUUUACCAUUUAACAUCUUUAGCAACCCCUCACUUAAUCAAAUCUAAAGGAAACGUAGUUAAUGUCAGUAGUGUUAAUGGCAUAAGGGCUUUCCCAGGAGUACUGGCUUAUUGUGUUUCCAAAGCUGCUGUGGAUCAAUUUACAAGAUGUGUUGCAUUAGAGCUUGCUUCAAAACAAGUUAGAGUAAAUGCAGUUAACCCAGGAGUAACUAUAACAAAUUUACAAAAAAGAGGUGGACUGGAUCAAGCUCAAUAUGAAGCAUUCCUUAAAAGAUCUCAAGAAACACAUGCUUUAGGAAGACCAGGUGAACCUGAAGAAGUGGCAAAGACUAUAGCAUUUUUAGCUAGCGAUGAUGCUAGUUUCAUUACAGGGGCUACAUUGCCAGUUGAUGGUGGAAGGCAUGCAAUGUGCCCAAGAUAAUUUAUUUUAUAAGGCUAAAAUGGUUUUUUAUUGGAUUUAAGGGUUAUUUUUUUUAAAGUUGUUAUAUAUUAUCGUACAUAUUAUAUUAAUAAAUUUACAAUCAAAUCAACUACAAAUACAAGAAGUUUUUUUUAAUAUUAAUCACAUUCCAAUUCCUCUGGAAUGCCAAGUUCUUGGUCUGUCCAUUUGCGCCCAUCUGGGUACUCAAACUCACCC